GCCUUCAUAGAAGCGCACACUCGUCCGGUUUUUUUUUUGCGCUCUUACUUUGAAGGAGGCCGGAAGUGGCGCGUUUGCCGUGUACGGACGACGUCUCCGCCGUCGCUGCUGCCGCUGCCGCUGUUGCCGCUGAGCCCACUCGUGACGAGCGAGCAGGUGAUUGGCGGGCGUCAUGGCUUUGAUCUCCUUGGAAGACCUCGAGGGAUUGGACGAAGACGAGCAGCCGGACGUCGACGUCGCCGACGGCUCCGAGCCGAUGGGGGAGGAGCCCUCGGACGGGCUGCUCGCUCAUUGGAGGGAGGUGGCCAGCACGCAUCAGGUCGCCGUGCCGACAGAAAUGGUGGGCCCCAUCCACGAAAUGACACGCAACAGCCAGCAGAGGGAGCCCGUCCCGUUCGUGCUGAUUUCCCGCCAGGAGAAGAUGGGCGAGGCGCUGUGGGAGGAGCGCGUGUACCCGGCGGGCAAGUGGGCGUGCGUGCGCCAGGCCGAAGAACUUUACGAGCAGAGCAUCUCCAAGAGCUUCAUGAAACUCAUGCGCUUCAUUUGCAAGGAGAACUCGGCGGGUCGCCAUCUGGGCCUGACGGUUCCGGUGGUGAGCACGGUGCUGGUGAGGGCCGACGGCGAGACGCUGGACAAGGACGUGGUGACGGGGUUCUACCUGCCCGCCGCCUUCCAGGACGCGCCGCCUCACCCGCACGACACCGACGUGGACGUCGCACACCGCGAGGCCGUCACCGUCGUCGCCAGGCCCUUCUUCGGGACCACCACCGAGGAGACGGUGACCCGGCACGCCGGCCUGCUGCGCGAGAUGCUGGGCGCCGCCGCCGCCGGGCAGCUGCGCUCCGACGUCUUCAUGGUGGCCGUCUACGAGAACCCGGGGGUCCCGCGCCGCCGCAACGAGAUCUGGUUCCUGCGGCGGUAGGACCCGGACGGGACCCCCCGCGUGAAGAUUUUGGGAUGUCAGACAAAAGAAGAAAACAUUCCGAUGAAAACGGACGCUUUCCGUUUCAAGGCCUCGCGGGACUGUUGCUAUAGUAACGUGCUAGGAAAAAAAGGAAGGCGGCCAUGUUGUGUGUGUACCUUGUUGGAGGAAAACCUCUUUGAAUUUGAAAGGUUUCCACAAGUCUCUGUUUUUUCUUCUUGCUUUCGCAAUAAAUGUUUGCACAAUUCUGUCGACAAAAUAAGUUGAAUCCAAUUGCAAAAUCAAACGUUUCUUAUCUUUAAUAAAGUUGAAAAGACUCCA